GUAUCGAAAAUACACUUGAACGCUUGUUCAAAAAAAUUACGGCAUAUUUAUUUGGUUUAUCUUUUAAAAAAUGCCUUAUCAUUCUAGUGAUAAAAUGAGGUUAUGGUGUUAACAAAAUUAACAAAAAUAAAGAAAAAACAAAGUUUAAGUCAGGAGAGGACUUUGACCCCCGGCUUUCCACUUUCCAUUCGUCCAGCUAUCAAGUAGAAUGACUCUCAAAUUGUAUCUCGAUUUUUUAUCACAGCCCUCAAGGGCUUUGUAUAUUUUUUUCAAAAUUAAUAAAGUGCCCUUUGAGCUGUCCCAGGUCGCACUGAGAAAAGGUGAACAUUUGAGUGAGGAAUUCAAAACAAACUUGAAUCGAUUUCAAAAAGUGCCUUUCAUACACGAUGGCGAUUUUAGACUCACCGAAAGUGUGGCUAUCAUUAGAUACGUUUCAAAAGUGCACAACAUUGACAACAACUGGUACCCCAAAGAGACCAAAGCCCAAGCCCGAGUCGAUGAGUACCUCGAGUGGCAACACAACAACACUAGAGCCUUCUGUGCCCUCUAUUUCCAAAGAAAAUGGCUUUUCCCACUGUUGACCGGACGGCAAACGAGUCCUGAAACUAUGCAAAAAUACGAAGACAACAUGCUUGCUUGUUUGGACCAAAUUGAAAAUAUUUGGUUAGCUGACACGCCCUACUUGUGUGGGGACAGGAUCUCGGUUGCUGAUAUUUUUGCCGCUUGCGAAAUUGAGCAACCACGGGUUGCCGGGUUUGAUCCGAUUAAAGGACGGCCCGUUUUAAGCGCUUGGAUGAAUCGGGUGCGAAGCGAGGCAAGCCCUUUUUAUGAAGAGGCGCACGCUGUUUUAAAUAAACUGGCAGAAAAGGGCGGAAAGGCCAAACUGUGAAGGGGCUUGGCGCUUUUUUUGAACUUAUUCAACCACCUUUCAAACAAUUUCAAUUUGAAUUACUGUUACAAAUAAAGAAAUAAUUCAGUA